AUGUUUAGGACGCUACAAUCCCGUCCGUUUUGCAAUAAUAGGACUAGUUACCCACCUCUAAAAGAAUAUUUAUUUAUUGAUGCUGUUUCACAAAAAGAUACAGUUGAACUCGUGAUUCGUAUUAAGAAAAAAAUUCAACCUUACAAUAUUGAAUUACAUGAAGAAAAAUACGACCGGAGACCCAAGAAUCUUUCUCCGUGUAACCUUGUUUCGUUUAUUUAUAACUGGAAUGAACUGAAAUGGCUUUUGACUUCCUUAAUAUGGACAGAACGUGAUCUGGGUGGUACUGUGGUCGUGCAUGUCCGUGUUGACCCUAUUAAAACGUGUAAAUAUAGAGUCACAAAAAUUGCUUCAUUUCUUGAUCAUGUCGUCAAUGGAGAAGGUUGCAUUAAUAAAAAACUCAACUUAAACCUCUUCAUAAUUGGUUUUGCUUUUUUCUGCAACUUUACAGCAUAUACAUUUCUGCAAAACCUUCAAAGUACUAUACACAAGGAUAAAAAGAUUGGUUUGGCGUCACUCUCAGUUAUCCAUGCUUCGUUAAUGUUAUCCUGUUUUUUUCUACCUCCUUUAUUAAUCAAAAACUUGGGGUGUAAGUACACUAUAGCCUUGAGUUCACUUGGCUUUAUUCCGUAUACUGUUGCACAUUUUUAUCCAACGUGGUGGAUCUUUAUGACAGCAUCGGUUAUUUUAGGUACAUUUGCAGCUCCUCUGUGGAGCGCAAAAGCAUCUUAUAUAACAAAAAUAGCAAUGCAUUAUGCUUCGGUUACCAAUGAGAAUCCAAGUGUAUUAACUACAAAAUUUUUUGGAAUUUCUCUCACGAUGUUUCAACUUUCGCAAAUCAGUGGAAAUCUAUUUUCAUCACUCCUUUUAAAAACAGAAUCAGGCAACUUUACUUUUAAAAAUAAAUACAACGUCUUCUGUAGGCUUUUGAUACUUCAAGCCUUCUUAUCAUUAUGUUGUAUUUAUUUCUUGGUGUUUAACUUAUCCAAAUUUUAA